AUGGCAGGUACAUUUCUAUCAGGGAAGACCAGCCAUAAGGAUGUGAAAGACAGCACGAGCUGGUUGUUUAGACUCUACUAUGGAAACCGGAUGUUCAUGUGUUACUGCUGUGUUUCCUGCGAGGUGGUAGUUGAAUCAUUGGCGCAGUUUUCACCGCUGUCUCUACUCUUGGCGUUGAGCAUAUUUGGUUGGUCGAUCAAGCAGAUCAUCAAUGUGAUUCAGAUGAAAACGGCGGCAGAUGUCUGUGUCCUGUAUGACAUAGAGAAGCAGCAUAAGCCCUGA